UCCAGCAAGUCGUUUCCCGGGCCGAUCUGCGCCCCAGCCCUGGGGCCGGGCGGACCCUCCCGCGCCCUGCCCGAGCCGUGACCCCUCGGGGCGCUCCGCGGCCGCACAGGCGGCGCCCCGGGCCCCGUGCGCCUUUCACACCGGGAAACUGAGGCUGGGAGGGGCCGCAGCGCGCCCAGGGCCAGGCAAGGUGCCCGCCCGGGUCCCCCGCCUGCUGCCCGCGGCGCGCACUGGCUCGGAUGGCGGCGGCGGCGCGGACGGAGCCGGCGCAGGUGAGUGGAGGGGCUUCAGGCCCUCAGCCGCUCACACCCGCGUCCUCCGGUGCCUGGCGCCAAGGGAUAAAAGAUGGGCGGUGCUGUCCGACUUUCUGCCUUUCCCGUCUCUCUGCUUUUGAGUCUGGGCGCCCUGGAGGGGAGCCACUCCCACCUGGGGUCCUGAAUCCAGGCCAGGAAUUAUAUAGAGCCGUUCCAUUUCUGAAACCCAGCGGGAGGCGGGGAGAAAGGGUUUCCUAGGCGCAGGAACCAGCAUGUGCAAAUGCCGGGCGGUGGGAGUGAGCUGGGAGUGUUUAGAGAGCAAGUCAGCCCUGGAACGGGGGGCCGGGGAGCUGGGCCUCUAUUCUGAGCGCCUUAGGAGCCAUAGAAGGUUUAGAGCAGGGGAGGAAGAUGAUCUGACUCAGGUCUUAACGGGCUCCCCAUGGCUGCAGCGUGGAAAACUGCCUGGAGGGGGAAGGGGAGGCGGGGAGACCAAAGAGUGGGCUACUGCAAUAGUCCGGCUGUGUGACCUUUGAAGACGUGACCAUUUACUUCGCCCAGGAGGAGUGGGGGCUCCUUGAUGAGGCCCAGAGGCUCCUAUACUGCGACGUGAUGCUGGAGAACUUUGCACUGAUAGCCUCGCUGGGGCUUACAUCUUUCAGGUCCCACGUGGUUGCCCAGCUGGAGCUGGGGGCAGAGCCCUGGGUGCCUGACAGAGUGGACAUGACUUCAGCCAUGGCAAGAGGGUUGUAUGGCAGGCCUGGUUCUGAUUUUUGCUGUGGAACCGAAUGUGAGGGAUCACCUUCUGAACAUAGUGUUUGUGUAGAAAGAGUGUCACAGAACGGGAGUCCCAAGGCAGCUCUGUCUGCCCAGAAGGACUACCCCUGUGACACGUGUGGUCAACACUUGAAAGACAUUCCGCACCUGGCUGAACACCAAGCAACACAUCCCAGGCAGAAACCAUAUGUCUGUGAGGCAUAUGGAAGAGAGUGCAGGUCCAACACAAACCUUCCCCAGCAGCAGAUGCGGGAGAAUGUAGACAAGCCUAUCAGAAGGGAGGAAGGCAGGGCCUCGCUCGUGAAGAGCUGCACAGACGACACAUCAAAGAAGCCUCUCACAUUCAGAGAGGGUGGGGAGGACUUUGUGGCCAGAUCUGGCUUUCUCCAGCACCAGGUCACUCACUGUGUGGAGGAGCCACAACAGAACACGGAAGGUGUGGGGGAUUUUCACACCGUGCAAAGCCAUGGCAAGUGCAGUGAAUUUGGGAACACUUUCAGCGACAAACCCACACUUGUGCAGCCCCAGAGAACUCCCGCUGGAGAAAGGCCGUAUGAGUGCAGCAAAUGUGGGAUCUUCUUUAGCCAUGCUGCUGGCCUGUCUCAACACCAGAGGGAUCACAAUAGAGGAAAGCCUUAUGAGUGCUGCGAAUGUGGGAAAUUCUUCAGCCAACACUCCAGUCUCGUCAAACACCAGAGAGUUCACACGGGUGAGAGCCCGCAUGUGUGUGGUGAAUGUGGGAAGUUCUUCAGCCGAAGCUCCAACCUCAUUCAACAUAAGAGGGUUCACACUGGUGAGAGGCCCUAUGAAUGCAGCGAGUGUGGCAAGUUCUUCAGCCAGCGCUCCAACCUCAUUCAUCAUAAGAGGGUUCAUACCGGGAAGAGCGCCCACGAGUGCAGUGAAUGUGGGAAAUCCUUCAACUGCAACUCCAGCCUGAUCAAACACUGGCGAGUGCACACUGGAGAAAGACCUUAUAAGUGCAAUGAAUGUGGGAAGUUCUUCAGCCACAUUGCCAGUCUCAUUCAACAUCAGAUAGUUCACACUGGUGAACGGCCUUUCGGGUGCAGUGAAUGUGGGAAAGCCUUCAGCCGAAGCUCCGACCUCAUGAAACAUCGGAGGGUCCACACCGGUGAACGACCUUAUGAGUGCACGGAGUGUGGGAAACUCUUUAGCCAAAGUUCCAGCCUCAACAGCCAUCGGAGACUUCACACUGGUGAACGGCCUUAUCGCUGCCCUGAAUGUGGGAAAUUUUUUAACCAAAGCUCCAGCCUCAAUAACCAUCGGAGACUUCACACCGGUGAACGGCCUUAUGAGUGCCUCGAAUGUGGGAAAACCUUCAGACAAAGGUCGAAUCUGAGGCAGCACCAGAAAGUCCACAAGCCAGAUAGGCCAUAUACGUGCAACGAAUGUGGGAAAGCCUUCAGCCAAAGGCCCACCCUCAUUCGGCAUCAGAAAAUCCACACUAGAGAGAGGAGUGCAGAGAAGGUGCUCCCCCCUCCUUUGACACGACGACACACAUUGGAGAGGAGCUCUGAGAGCAGUCCUUAUGAGGGAGCCCUCAGCCAGAAGUUGAGCCUUGUUCAUCCGAAUAUCCACGCUGGGGAGGUUCCCUAUCAAUGCUAGAUAUGUUGGAAGCUUUCAGGAGUGAAGUUGCCUUUUCUGACCGUGGGCGUCACCAGAGUUUUGUUACUACUAGUGUUUGUGUCAGAAGCCGUCUCAGCUCUGCCCACCAGGAGGUCUCCACAGUGUGUGCCAGCCACUCCCUGAGCUCAGGGAAGACAGACAUCCAUUCUCUCUUUCCAAGAAGAAAUCACGAGUAGCCUAAGGCUGUAGGAAGGUGUCAUUCCCUCCCCCAUGACUGGCUUAGCUGCGGACAUGAUCCAUCUUUGGCCAUGAAGCCUUGAGCUGGCGUCUGCUGGAAGAGAAGGUUUCCCUUUUUAGGGACAUCAUUGAUCUGAUAUGGUGCUCAUCAUGGAUUCAUCCAGCCUUCACAUUACCCAUCCCAACAAUUGUCUACUUUACAUUGCUCUGGUUUGGGUGAUAAUAAGGAUCUUAUAGAUAAAGUCACCUUUAAUCUUC